CGUGACAUUGCAUGUGGUCUAGCAAUGUCGUGUCUUAGUCGGCGCCAGGACACUGCUGGGUGUGUAAGAUCAUGCGUGUUGUUCUUCUCUGGCUCAACGAUUCGACAUCGACAUGCCUCCCCUGUGUUUGUGCACUACCAUCGACAGCACUCGUACGCUUGGACCCAAAGUCCGACAUAAGCCGGUAUCUCCGUACUUCUCCUCGCAGGGUCCAAAAAGCGACAAUCGCUCAUCUCGCCGAGACUAUAGUGAUGGACAAUCUUGGAAUAGCGGUCGGCAUGAUUGGUCCCAUGCAGCAUAAAUCAACAUCUAAUCUGGAGUUAGAAUGGAGAAAGGGCGAGCUGCAAACUCCACAGCUAUCAAUGAUAGGGCAUGGUCAGGAUAGACACGCUGUCCGAACGUUUUGUUGCUGCAGCUCUUAUCACUUACGCCUAGGACACCCAUAAGAUGUGUCCCCAUUUGGUAUACAAAUCCUUGUGCCCGAACUUCAUGCGAAGAGGUCAGACGCGUAGACAAGAGCGCAAUACUGUAUCAAUCCCAAAGCGUCUCUGUCCAUGAUCAUCUUUGAUGCAGAUAGACAGGGUUCGUAAUUUCGUAUACGACUCAGGUACGGAUGUCCA